AUUUAAGUUGGCUGGGAGAGCGAGCGCGCAAAAGCAAUUCAAUUUCAACACGUUCGGAAGUCGAGUUCAGUCGGUUUCUGACAGUUUCCGAUUCACCUGUUGUAAUUCGAAUAAGUUUUCCAUUAGUUUGAAAGUCGCUCAUUUUCACCGACAAUUGUUGUUUUGUUCGUAGGUGAAGUGUUAUUUAGUAGUAAUCUGUGAUUUUUCAUUCACGUUGUGGAAAAAAUCUGUGGAAAUCAAGAUUUUUCCCUGCGAGCUAUAUCAUGGAGAAUGAAAAUGGGUUCCGGAACAAAUAUCCCAAUCAUAAUAACGACAGUAAAUGGCAGUCCUUCCAGAAAACCUUAUACGAUUCAAGCAAAAACGAAUUUUUAGGGAGAACUCCCAAAAGUUGGGGUCAGCUGUUGGUCUUCUACGUAAUAUUUUACGCCAUAUUAGCAGCCCUUUUCGCGAUCUGUAUGCAAGGUCUGAUGGCGACCAUCGAUGAUGUCGAGCCAAAAUGGACACAGGCCGAUAGUUUGAUAGGAGUUAAUCCAGGUUUGGGCUUCAGACCCUUGCCGGCGAAAACGGAAGACGGUGCCUUGAUUUGGUACAGCGACCAGAAUGCAACGACUGGUCAGAGGUGGAUAGAUCUACUCGACAAGUUCCUGGAACCAUAUGAAGCAGAUACGACUGGAAAAAAUAUGGUUCCCUGCGAUUACGACAUGAAACCGGAUAAGAGCAGCGUGUGUAUAGUGAAUACCACCUUAUUUAGUCAUUGUGCAGCCGAUAAGGGAUACGGAUACGGAACAGGAUCGCCAUGCGUGUUUUUGAAACUGAAUAGGAUUUGGGGUUGGGAACCAGAUUAUUAUAAAGAACCUAUAGCAGGAAUGCCAUUAGAACUUGAAACUGCCAUAAAUGGGACUCCGAUAGAAAAACGGGAGAACAUCUGGAUCAGCUGCGAGGGGGAGGGCCCCGCCGAUAAGGAAAACAUCAAACAGUUCGAGUACUUUCCCCAUCAAGGUUUUCCUGGAUACUUUUAUCCAUUUCGUAAUGUCAAGAAUUAUCUCAGCCCUCUGAUCGCCGUCAGGGUCGUCAAUCCUACACCGAACGUUGUAGUGAACAUCGAAUGCAGAGCAUGGGCGAAAAAUAUAGAAUACGUUAGCGGCAACCUAAACAGGGAAGGUUCGGUACACUUUGAAAUAAUGGUGGAUUCGAAGGCGAAUUUCAACGACACAAAAACUGAAAAUUGAAAAGGGUAAAAAUGAAAUUUUUAUUUAAUUCAUUUAUUUAUUUUCAUUUCAAUUCACGAGAAAGCCGUUCAUUUCAGCCAUUUUCAGCUUAGGAGUUGUGAAUUUGUUGUUGUCUUUUUUGUUUAGAAUAGUUGAAGUGUAUUGAGAUAACCGUGGGUUUUUUUUUUAAAAUCCGAAAAGACAAAAUUUAUUUACUACUUGUAUGUACUUAAUAUGCUUUAAUUUUAUUUAUUUUCUGAGUCGAUCUCAACCUUAACAUUGUUUCGUGAGUGUAUUAUUAUCGUUAAAUGUUUUUUUAUACGUUAUACAGAGUAUCCACGAGUCAUACAUGCUUAUUAGAUGCUUUUCAUGUACAUAUGUUAUUUAAAAUAUAUGAUGUUAUGGAUAUUAUUCUGGAUAUGUUCAAUUUGCUACUGUGACUAAAAAUCUACUGUAUGAAGGAAUUGAUUAAUUGUGUAGACUGUAGUACGUUAAAUAUUCAAAAUUGAGGAGUGUGCCUCGAGGUUCAUAAAUUUGAGUUUUCGCUUUGUUUUUAUCUUUGGAAAGACCACACUUAUAUUUCUGUUGAAAAGUUCACUUCUAUUUGAGUAAAUGUAUAAUGAACUUGAAGCUGUUAUUAUAACAUCGAAAGUGACCUUAAAUAGUUAUUUUUGCAAGUAUUAGAUUCAAUUUAAAUGAACUUUCGAUAUUAAAUUUGUGAAAUGAGGUAUUUAUGUCGAUGUGAGAUAAUCAAUUCACUGAAUAUUGUUGUAAGGUGGAAUAUAUUAUGAAAAUAAAAUGUACAAAUUUCUUCGAUGAACACCACUGUUCAUCCUGCAAUG